UGUCCAUUUCCGAGGAAACAAAAAAUAAAAUAAAAACAAAAUUUUAAGAUGUGACUUUUUGUCUUGUCAUCAAAAUUUUAAAGUUCUAUUUUUGUGAAAUUUUUGUCUCAUAAUCAUUCAAAUUUCAGUAUCGGAAUCAUGAGGGAAUGCAUAUCAGUUCACAUUGGGCAAGCCGGUGUUCAAAUUGGAAAUUCUACGUGGGAACUGUAUUGUUUAGAGCACGGUAUUCAACCAGAUGGAACAAUUUCUCCAGAAAAAGAAGUGGUGUCUGACAACUGCUAUGGCACCUUCUUCUCAGAAGUCGAAAAUGGUAAAAUGGUACCUAGAGCCGUAAUGGUAGAUCUAGAACCUACUGUUGUAGACGAAGUUAGAAUGGGCUAUUAUAAAAAAUUAUACCACCCUGAGCAACUAAUAACUGGUAAAGAAGAUGCAGCUAAUAAUUAUGCAAGAGGCCAUUACAGCAUAGGAAAGGAAAUGCUCAACAUUGUAAUGGAGCGUCUUUACAAGCUUGCUGAAAACUGUUCAGGUCUUCAAGGGUUCUUUGUAUUCCAUUCCUUUGGAGGCGGUACUGGUUCGGGCUUUACAUCGCUCCUGAUGGAAAAGUUGAGCCAAGAUUUUGGGAAGAAGAGCAAAUUGGAAUUUGUAGUUUAUCCUGCACCACAAGUAUGUACCGCUGUGGUAGAACCAUACAAUUCCAUCUUGACUACACACAGCACUUUAAGCCACUCUGAUUGCGCCUUUAUGGUAGAUAAUGAGGCCAUUUACGAUAUAUGUAGGAGAAAAUUGGGAAUUGAAAGACCUGAUUACAUUAAUUUAAACAGAUUGAUAAGCCAAGUGGUCUCUUCAAUUACCGCAAGUCUAAGGUUUGACGGUGCUCUUAAUGUUGAUUUGACCGAGUUCCAAACAAAUUUGGUUCCUUAUCCAAGAAUCCACUUCCCGCUUGCAUCCUAUGCCCCCGUAGUAUCAUCGGAGAAGGCCUACCACGAAGGAAUGUCUGUAGCAGAAAUAACAGCUGAAUUAUUCGAACCAACUAAUCAAAUGGUCAAAUGCGAUCCACGUGAAGGAAAAUAUAUGGCUUGCUGUCUGUUGUACAGAGGCGAUGUCGUACCAAAAGAUGUUAACGCCUCCAUUGCUUUAAUGAAAGCAAAAAGCAAUGUUAGGUUUGUCGACUGGUGUCCUACAGGUUUUAAAGUUGGCAUUAACUACCAACCACCAACUGUAGUGGCAGGCGGUGAUCUAGCCAGUGUACAAAGGGCAGUAUGUAUGCUAUCUAACACUACAGCUAUAGAGUCUGCAUGGAAGAAGUUAAACAAGAAAUUCGACUUGAUGUUUGCCAAAAGAGCAUUCGUCCAUUGGUAUGUUGGCGAAGGUAUGGAAGAAGGCGAAUUCACAGAAGCCAGAGAAAACUUAGCAACGUUGGAACGCGAUUACGAAGAAGUGGCAUCUGAAACAACCGAUAUUAUCGAAGAGACUAUCUAAAUCAUCCACAUAUAUCGCAUCCUCUGUCAUUUGAUAUCCGUCAAUCAAUAAAACAUCUUCACUUUUCAUUUAUA